GCGUUAUUGUCAAAAAAAUAGUCAUUCAAAAUGUGUUCGAUUUUGAAUUAGCAAACCCAGCUAACUGUCCAUGUUAGCUUGAUAAAUAGAAGGCAGCGACAGUAUAAGAUUUUCGCUUUCUGUUUAUUGUGACUGUUUUACCAUUUGAGCCACGUUGUAUUUUGCUAUUAAAAUUAGUCGUUGGCACCCAUUGAAUAGCGCGAGGAAACAUCGAGUCGUUGCAAGACUACAAAAAGAAGGAUGUUAAACCUACCAACCGUACUUUAAGAUCGACAAGAAAAACAAUCUGAUGAAAGUUAAUUGCAGCGUUACUUUCCGUCAUGGAAGAAAAGGCAAAUGGCUCUGUUGACACCAAAAGCCCAGUGGAGAACGGCCAGCUUCCAGAUCCAGCCAACUGGGCCGUUGCUGAUGUCGUCAAUUACUUUAAAGCAACAGGGUUCGAGGAGCAAGCCACAGCAUUCCAAGAUCAGGAAAUCGAUGGCAAGUCAUUGCUCCUGAUGACACGUAAUGACGUGUUGACGGGCCUGUCCAUAAAGCUGGGCCCAGCGCUGAAGAUCUACGAGUAUCACGUGAAGCCACUGCAAACCCAACACCUAAAGAGCAACGCCUGUUAGCACGUCACCAGGAGCUCGCUACUGCACCGCUUCAGUGACAAUCGACAACUCCCAACCAGCUGUCCGUUGGCAGAGACUGCUCUGGCCGCAUGGCACCUUAAAACAGGAUCAAUUUCAAUAUGUUUUUAGAAACAUGGGUGGCACCUAUGGGGUCUCAUGAGCUGUUUACCUUUUUAGCUGUUCUUAUGUCUGCUGCUUCAGAUUUGUAUUUUAUAUUUUAUUCUUUAUGUUUUAUUUAAGACAAGAAUCCUUGUUAAUGAUGGUGUAAAAGAAGUGUGAUUUGUUUGUGUGGAUAGUGCUAUAUGUGUGCGUGGGUGUGUGUCAUGAACCAGUGAUGGUUUUAAAAAACGGUAUUUGUACAUAAGAUGAUAUAUGAUUUAAAACACCGGAACACUUUGACACGGCAGAAAGUACAGAUGCGGUACUGUUGAAUUUGCCUGAAAAAAAAAAAA